CGUGACGUAGGGUAAGUUCCUGCUGUGGCUUGAGGGAAACAGAUCGACAUUGAGCCACGGGAGAAUCGCACUUUGCGGCCUGUGGAAGCCCCCUCCCUGAGCAAUGGCCUCACCAGUCUCAGUCUACAACUCCAACGCCUUGGACACACACAUCUCCAGUACCUCCAGAGAGUCUCUAAAGAUGGAGUUGUUAGCUGACGUAUCUUUGCUGCCAGGGGAGGAGAGAAUUAUAGAUAAAGACAUCAUCUACAUCUGUCCAUACAGUGGAGCUGUGAAAGGCAAAGUGUUGAUCACCAACUACAGACUCUAUUUUAAGAGCUCAGAUGCUGAUGUGGCGCUGACGCUGGACGUUCCUUUGGGUGCCAUCAGUCGGGUGGAGAAGAUGGGUGGGGCAUCAAGCAGAGGAGAAAACUCUUACGGCCUGGAUAUCACCUGCAAGGACAUGAGGAACUUGAGGUUUGCCUUGAAGCAGGAAGGUCACAGCAGAAGAGAUAUCUUCGAGCUCCUCUUCAAAUAUGCCUUCCCUCUCUCACAUAGUCUGCCACUGUUUGCAUAUGUGACUCAGGAGAAGUACGGCGAGAACGGCUGGGACAUCUACAAACCCGUAGAGGAGUUCAGACGGCAGGGCUUACCUAAUAGCAAGUGGCGUAUAACGUUCAUCAAUAAGAAUUAUGAUCUGUGUGACACCUACCCCACUGUGUUGACUGUACCCUUUAAAAGUAAAGAGGAGGACCUCAGAAGAGUGGCUGCCUUCAGGUCAAGAGGACGCAUACCGGUUUUGUCAUGGAUCCACAGAGAGAACCAGGCGGUGAUCGUCCGCUGCAGUCAGCCUCUGGUUGGUAUGUCUGGUAAAAGAAACAAGGAUGACGAGCGCUACCUGGAUCUUAUCAGGGAGGCAAAUGACACUGCCAAGCUCACCAUCUACGAUGCUCGGCCUAGCGUCAAUGCUGUGGCCAACAAGGCCACAGGAGGAGGCUAUGAGGGUGACGAGUACCAAAACGCAGAGCUCAUCUUCCUGGACAUUCAGAAUAUCCACGUCAUGAGAGAAUCCCUAAAGAAACUCAAGGACAUCGUCUACCCAAAUGUGGAGGAAUCUCAUUGGCUGUCCAGUCUAGAGUCGACACACUGGCUAGAACAUAUUAAGCUGGUGUUGUCAGGAGCCAUCCAAGUAGCAGACAAGGUUUCCAGUGGGAACUCAGUGGUGGUUCACUGCAGUGACGGCUGGGACCGGACUGCCCAGCUCACCUCUUUGGCCAUGCUGAUGCUGGACAGUCACUACCGCACUCUCAGAGGCUUCCAGGUGCUGAUUGAGAAGGAAUGGAUCAGCUUUGGGCACAAGUUUGCCUCGAGGAUAGGUCAUGGUGAUAAGAACCAUGCAGAUCAGGACAGAUCACCCAUCUUUGUUCAGUUCAUCGACUGUGUAUGGCAGAUGACUAAACAGUUUCCUACAGCCUUUGAGUUUAACGAGCGCCUCCUGCUGACAAUCCUGGAUCACCUCUACAGCUGUUGUUUUGGGACUUUCCUUUACAACUGUGAGAGUGCACGAGACCAGCAUGAGGUGCGGACAAAGACGGUGUCUCUGUGGUCUCUGGUCAACAGUAAGAUGGAAAUGUAUUUAAACCCUUUCUACACCCCGGAGUCCGGAAGGGUCCUUUACCCCGUUGCCAGCAUGCGCCACCUAGAGCUGUGGGUAACAUACUACAUCCGCUGGAACCCACGCAUACGACAACAGCAGCAGAGUCCAGUGGAGCAGCGCUACAAGGAGCUGUUGGCCCUCAGAGACGAGUACUUGAAGAAGCUGGAGGAGCUGCAGCUGUCUGACUCCUCCCCUUCCUCCCGUCUGGCUAACAUCCCCACCCCCAACACCUCCUCCUCCACCUCCUCCACACCACCACAGCAAUACACACAGCUACACACUCCCCUCUGAGGGCUGCUUACAUACGCACACACAUACACAAACACAGAUAAACUUGUUGACUUGCACUUAUGUCCUCUUCACUCUGAUUUCUGUCAGUCUCUCACACACGCAGGGAAUUAAUUAGUAUUGUGCAGUCCUAACUGUUGAUAACAGAGAAUGCUAAUAAGAUUUAGAUUUGAUGGGUAAUUCUAACACCAUAGUGGUGAUGAUGGUGAUUUAUGCAAUAUGUCACAGUACAGCCUUGUCAGACUUUUCUACACACACACUCAUCAUACAGGGAAGCCUUAAAGACAUUCAGUGGCUUUCAGUCCAAGGGCUUGAGCACACAGGACACACAGCGGAUGUGCAGAGACAUUCACACAGGCAGCAAAACUCAGCCAUGUUAUGUGUUUUCUCUGAACGUCAUACUCUGAUUUGACAGAAACACACCAGGAAAUCUGUUUGUGGUUUUUUCUACUCACCAUAGAACCACAUACAUCCGCUAUAGGUAGAUCCCGUUACUCCCACUCUUUUUGCUAAGCGAGGCUAACCAUGUUGUUGACCUAUCACAUCAAACUGAUGUUGAUAUUCUCAUCCAUCUAGUUGAGUGUUAAAGUUCAUUUUUAACCAUGGAAAGAAAUUUUAACUCAGGGUCUCAGCUUUCAAAUAAAGUUAAAGGGUAAGUUUGGUAUUUUUAAACCUGGACCCUAUUUUCCCAUGUUUUUGUGUCUAAGUGACUAAUUGGAAGAACAAUUUUUGGAAUUGGUCAAGACAGGCUGCAAUAUAACCAUUCAGGGCAUGGUUGCACUGUCAGUUUACAUCCACUAAAAGUGUUUGUUUUGUCACUGACAGGCUCAGAUUAUUAUUCCGUGUGUCUGACAACAUUAUGGAAAGGAUCCCUACAGAGAUAGACCUUUUGUUAAAGAGUAAGAUCCCUUUUUGUGAAACUUGAAACAGCCCUGAAAUCACUGUUGUCAAAGUCACCAGACUCCAUUUAAACAAAAAGUAAUUUUAUCACCGUAAAAUACACUCCAUUCAAAGUUGACAGAAACAAAAUAAAACUCAAAAAACUUAAAUCUUAGUUCCUUUUGUCACUGUUACAACAAUCACCAACUCUGGUUUGGUUGAAAUAAAUCCUUAAAAAAUAUGCUGGCUCUAUACACACUAAAAUUACUGUUAAUUUAAAUGGAGUCUGGUGAGUUUGGCAAUUGCGAUUUUCGGGGUCAUUCUGGUUAAGUGACCAUUACUCUUUAACAAAAAGGUUUAUCUCUGUAGGAAUCCGUUCCAUAAAUUGUCAGACACAAUAAUAAUCUGAGCCUGACGGUUGCAAAAACAAGCGCUUGUAGUGGAUGCAAAUUGACAGUUUGGGCGAUGGCGAUUUCUGGGCUGUUUCUGCUUAAACAAAAAGGAUCUUUCUGUCUAAAAAAAAAAAGGUCUAUCUCUGUAGGAAUUCUUUCCAUAAAUUGACAGACAGUGGCAAAAACAAGCACUUUCACAGGAUGAAACGGUGCACACAUGCAUCAAGUGGUUACAUUGUUGCCUGUUUCCCUGCUGCCUGGCUGCAGCACCCUCACGCAAUAUUGGACAUCACUCGGACACAAAAACGUGGGAAAAUAGGAUCCAGGUUGAAAAAUAUCAAACUUAUCCUUUAUGCAAACUCCACUCACUGAUGAAAGACCCUGUGAUGCUGUUAUUAUUUUGCCAAACAACAACAAACAUGUUUAUGUGUUUAUAUUUAAAGAGGUAAAGAGAGAAAAGCGUAAGAUUGCCCAUAGUUUGCCCAAUCAUGAGAAAAAUAGAGGCAAGACAUGUCCUUGCAACAUAUUUCAUAUUUGGAUAUCAGAAUGCUGCUAGGUGAAACUUUUGUCUUUGUGAGGUGGGCUCCUGCCCGCGUCCUGCUACACAAGCGUGGGUGUCCUGUGUGAACAAAGCGAAAUGCUAAUCAAGAUGUUGUACAAUUCUCACAUCUCACACUUCUUCCUACUUGCUGCACUGCUACUGCGUGUUGCCCUUUCCCUCGAGGAAUUGAUAAGAAGUGCUGUAGAGCUUGUGCAGCGAAUUGGGAGGCUUUGAGCUUCUACAGUGGAUGUCACUGUAUGUCUCCAGCUAAGUGUAUAUAUCAGGUGUGUCAGAUUUGGAUGGAGUGAUGUGUAAUUUGUUGCUUAACAUCUAAGGGUGAAAGCUUGAGUUGUCUCUGUCACGUGUGGUUUGACAUUGCUAUCAGCUACGCUCACCGAAGCAGUAUGUUCCAGCACUUUCUAAGCUAUAGCGCUGAUAGUAAAUGCAGUUCUAGCCUACAGGCAGAGUUAGGUUAGAAUGAAUCAGUGAUUUACUUUGAUGAAUGCAGCUUUGAUAUGGUUUGAAAUAUAUUUUAGGUGCUCAAGAUAGUUGAGGGAAAUGAAGUGGUGCUGGCCUCUGAUCCUGGAUCACUUCUUGUGCUUCGAUGUUGUCACUAAACACAGACCCUGGAUGGAGAAACCAGCCCAGGUCCAUGAUAGCCUUACCAUGCCAAGAUGUUUGUAACCAGCACACAGAAAUACCAAUUAGCUCUCGCUCCCCUUUAAAUACACUUUUUGUAGACCUGACUGUUUCUAGUUAUUCUAUCCACCCCCACUGUAAAGUCUCAUGUGAACACUCACAUGUAAUCUCAUAAAACAUGUGCCUUUUGGACAGGAGUGUUUUUUCAUCCCACAUUUAAGUUGGAUAUCAUGUGCCUCAGUUUUUACAUUAGAAAGGAAACUUUAAGUCAAUGAAUGAAAUAUUGUUUGCCAGAAUACACCUUUGUGUAGCAUAUUGACUAUUGGUCUCCUCAAACAUCAGCAUGGGAAUUGAUGCAUAACAUGUUAUAACUGAUCAAUAUGAUAAGGAAAGCUAUAAAAAAAGGUGAAGUCAUAAAGGUAGAGGAACUACUCUUGAUUUUUACAGAGAGUAACUUCUGGCAAAUGUAAUGUUCAUGUUGGAAAUUUAAUGGAAGAUAAUUUCUAGCAGAAAAAGAAAAAAUGGAUGCAAUGUUGGAAUGACAAAAAAUAGAAAUAUUGAUUAUUAUAGGGUACCAGGUUUAAAUUAUAACCACCCUUGCCUUGUUCUCACUGUCAGUUUACAAAAUUAAAAGUGCUUAUUUUAUGCCACUUACAGGCUCAGAUUGCGUCAUUGUUUCUGACAACAUUAUCCCUACAGAGAUAGAGCUUUUUGAACUUUUUUGUUUUACAUAGACAGACCCAAAUUUGCCAUUGCCAGAUACUUACUGUCAGUGGCAAAAGCAAGCACUUUCAGUGGAUGUAAAUUGGCAGUUUGGGCAAAGGCGAUUUUUUUUUUUUUUUUUUUU